AUGCGGUUGAUGUCCCUCGAGAUUGGCCUUGCUCUGAGCAAGAAGAAAGGUCUCAAACGGCUGCUUGAAAAUGGCGACGAACGCGGUGAUAGGAAGACCUCCUUGCCCGAGCUUUCAGAUAUUCUUCGACCCAAGAAUGCAGGUCUCUACGAGAUUACUUUCGACAUUAUCUUCUACAGCAUGGACUGCCAAGAUCAUACGUAG